AUGAUACAGGCAAUUGUUAUCCUCAUGGGCUUCCUACUCGCAUCGACAGUGUGCAGUUAUCGCAUUGGCACUGGUAUAUCCGAUAUUACUGGACCUGUGGCACAGGUAAUGUUGAUGGGGUAUGCUGAAAUGGGCCAGACAGGGCAGGGAAUCCUACAACGCUUAUGGGCUCGAUCAUUCAUCGUGCAGGACGGCAAUAAUCGCAUCGUGUUUGUGAAUACCGAUACACAGUCGAUGGGCGAUAUCAUCAAGAAACGGGUGGUUGAUGCACUCAGGGUCAAGUAUGGGCCUUUGUACACCGAACACAAUGUCAUGAUAUCCAGCACACAUUCGCAUAGUGGCAUGGGCGGCUACUUGCAAUAUACUUUGUAUGAAUUUGCCGCUUUAGGCUGGAUUGAAGAAACAGCAAAACCCAUGGUAGACGGUAUACUGCAGUCCAUCAUCAAUGCACAUGACGACCUUGAAGACGGAUCACUUGCGCUUUCUCAGGGGGAACUAUUAAACACAAACAUCAACAGAUCGCCACAAGCCUAUCUGAUGAACCCCGAACAAGAGAGAUCAUAUUACAAAUACGAUGUGGACAAAACCAUGACAUUAUUAAGUUUCAAGAACGAAGCAGGUGAUGGCUUGGGGCUCAUCAGUUGGUUCCCUGUACAUGGCGUCUCUGUCAAUAAUACCAACAAAUUAGUCAACGGAGACAACAAGGGCUAUGCCGCCUAUCUUACAGAAAAAAUGGUCAAUCAAGGAAAAUAUGGCAAUGGCCAAUUUGUGGCUGCAUUCGCUCAAAGUAAUGAGGGCGAUGUGAGCCCCAACACACUGGGAGCUUAUUGCACAGGAACUGACAUACCUUGUGACGGAACUCGCGACUCGAAAUGCCCCAAUGGUAGCAAAUGUAUUGGCAGGGGCCCUGCUUGGCCAAAGAGUGAUUUGCAAUCAAAUCGCAUCAUUGGCGAAUACCAAGCUUUCAAGGCUUUAGAGUUAUACCAUGCCAGACUCUCAGCACAACCUGUGCAAGGAAAGAUCGACUUUGUUCAACGCUACUGGGACAUUACUCAAUCCGUUGUUACGGAUGAGAACGGCAACCAGCACCAAUUAUGCUAUCCGGCUAUGGGUUAUGCUUUCGCUGCUGGAACGACGGACGGCCCUGCCAUGAAUGGAUUCUAUCAGAAUACAACAAGAGGCACCUUUGGAUGGAAUCUGAUUAAAAAUAUCAUACAGAAACCCACAGAAUCACAAAAGCAAUGUCAAUCACCCAAGCCCAUUCUUUUAGACACAGGAGAGAUUGGAACUCUGCAUCCUUGGCAGCCAGAGAUACUCGACAUUCAGCUGUUUCGCAUUGGAAAUGUGUUUAUUUAUGCAGUGCCUUCAGAGUUCACGACCAUGAGCGGAAGGCGGCUAAGAGAAUCCAUCAAAAAGUCAUUGAUUCAGCAUCAGUUGGGCGAUCAUGAAACUACCGUGAUUCACUCUGGACCUGCAAACGGUUAUGCGUCAUAUUGCACAACAUUUGAAGAAUAUCAGCAUCAACGUUAUGAAGGAGCCUCAACACCUUAUGGGCCAUAUACAUUGCAGGCCUACAUGGAGGCCUUUGAUGAACUGGUGUACAUGAUGGCAAAUCCCAACAACCAUAGUGUGAAAUCAGAGGAGCUACCAGACUACACUAAGCAAGGCUUCAAUUUCUCUCCUCGUUAUAGAUCCGAUCAGCCUCAUAUAUUCCGUUCUUUUGGAGAUGUUCUUCAGGAUGUAUCUGCAUAUUACAGCAAAAGAUUAUUGUCUGUGCCGUUCGUCGUUUCGGCUACUUUUGUUGCAGGCAAUCCUCGCAAUGAUCCUAUGCUUAACAAGUCGUUUUUAACAGUCGAGAAAAAAGUAGACCGAGAUCAAUGGAGAGUGAUCAGAACAGACAAUGACUAUGAUACCAGAUUUAUUUGGAAAUACAAGCAUCAAUUGCUAGGCAUAUCAGAAGCUACCAUAGAAUGGCAUGUAUCAAACAAUGUAGAGCCUGGCAUUUAUCGCUUGGGAUACUUUGGAAACAGUAGAUCCGCAUUUAGCAAAAAAAUUGUGCCACACAGCGGUUAUUCGAGUGAAUUCGAGAUUAGCAACAUGUAUUAG